AUGUUCACAGGCUUGAUCGACUCUCUACAGCCUCACAAUGGUGACAUGGUAACGAGAGUCUGCGACUAUACUGGAACUCCCUUGUCAUGGACCCCAGGUCCCCGCGCCAUCUCUUUGGAGGCCAUAUACCCAUUCGCCAUCAAAGAGAACAACCGCAUUGCAUACCACGCCAACCCCAACGUAUGCUUCAUUGCGACAGCUGUCAACUUCUCCAAGAAGAGGAACCCGCCCCUCCAUCCGCCUUUGGUUGCCUCAUGGUUCAAUUACCAUGAUGAUGAGAACAUGAGUUUCGACAAGCGCAAAAGUCAAUGGGCAUGGACAGACAACGCGCUGUCGAAUGUCGCCACCAUGUCUCACAUUUUCCGUUUGGAGCUUCCACAUGUGGAUCAAAUCAAGGCAUGGCAGCAUUGGACUCUAGAAGAGCACAAAGAGGCGUCAGAAGUACUCAGAACAGGGGCCAGGCUCCCUAUAGUCGACCGUUUGCUUUCCGGGCUCAAUUCGCGGAACCUUUUUCGUGUCAGCGAAGACAAGCCCAGCGACGCUCGGGCUUCUCAAAUUGAGGCUGGCACGGCUAUGUAUCCCACUCUUGUCCAGAUUGGAUCCACGUACGGUCUCACGCAGUACGAGUUCGAGUACUACCUGACAAUCCCAUCCCCGCGCCGCCUGGAUAGAGUCUUUUGCCCUUUCCACGUUCUGUCUCGGCCUCAAGCUCGACAAAAUGGAUGGGACUGGAAUAAAGUCACGGCCUUGACCCGCUUCAUGAUUCGGAACCUCUCGAACUACUGCAACAACGAUGCUUUUGAACAGGGGCUCCAAGAGGUCUUGCUCAACCAAACCAACAUGAUCUAUGCGCCAUGGACACGCCCCCCAGAGGAUUCUCCUCAAUAUUCCGUCUCUACAAUUGACUUUGGAGAUAUCUCGCCUCCUCCAGCUGGUUUUUUUUUUAUUUUUUUUUUUUAUAGAGAGAUUUGAACUCUUCUCCUGCAAGAACUCUCAUAUGCUCGCGACAGUUUUCUGCCUCGAUUUUACGAUUCAGCCCCCUUUUUACAGCCCCCCGCCCCCCCUUUUUUUUUUCCAAUAGGCAGACUUAAAGGUCUGUCGUUGACUCUGUAUUAGGUUCUCCG